AUGGGAACAGUGGGACCCCAACCACCCAAUGGGAACAGUGGGACCCCCAACCACCCAUUGGGAACAGUGGGAACCCCAACCACCCAAUGGGAACAGUGGGACCCCCAACCACCCAAUGGGAACAGUGGGAACCCCAACCACCCAAUGGGAACAGUGGGACCCCCAACCACCCAAUGGGAACAGUGGGACCCCCAACCACCCAAUGGGAACAGUGGGAACCCAGUGACAUGUUACCGGGGGACCCCCAACCACCCAAUGGGAACAUGGGAACCCCCAACCACCCAAUGGGAACAGUGGGAACCCCCAACCAACCAAUGGGAACAGUGGGAACCCCCAACCAACCAAUGGGAACAGUGGGAACCCCCAACCAACCAAUGGGAACAGUGGGAACCCCCAACCAACCAAUGGGAACAGUGGGAACCCCCAACCAACCAAUGGGAACAGUGGGACCCCCAACCACCCAAUGGGAACAGUGGGAACCCCCAACCACCCAAUGGGAACAGUGGGACCCCCAACCACCCAAUGGGAACAGUGGGAACCCCCAACCACCCAAUGGGAACAGUGGGACCCCCAACCACCCAAUGGGAACAGUGGGAACCCCUAACCACCCAAUGGGAACAGUGGGAACCCCCAACCACCCAAUGGGAACAGUGGGAACCUCCAACCAACCAAUGGGAACAGCGGGAACCCCCAACCACCCAAUGGGAACAGUGGGAACCCCCAACCACCCAAUGGGAACAGUGGGAACCCCCAACCACCCAAUGGGAACAGUGGGACCCCCAACCACCCAAUGGGAACAGUGGGAACCCCCAACCACCCAUUGGGAACAGUGGGAACCCCCAACCACCUAAUGGGAAGAGUGGGAACCCCCAACCACCCAAUGGGAACAGUGGGAACCCCCAACCACCCAAUGGGAACAGUGGGAACCCCCAACCACCCAAUGGGAACAGUGGGAACCCCCAACCACCCAAUGGGAACAGAGACUGA